AUGGGCGCAUGCGGCUCAUCGGCCAAGGCAGCGAAACCGGCUGAUGUCAACGUGGCGAUUGCUGUAGGCGCUGAGGGAUUGAGCAAAGCCAUCGCCACUGCGAGCCAAGCCACCGCUGAUGUGAGCAAAACUGCGGGUGCAUCCACCAGGUUCGUGAUGGACACCGUGGUGAACAGCGUGGGGGAAAGCGUAUGCUUCAUGAAGAGUGCACUUCAGAACCCGACGAACAAGAACAUCUCGUUGCUGGAAACCACUGCGAGUGCCGCACGCAAGAUGGCGCAGAAGGAGGCGGGCUUCUACCGCACCAUGGCCGAGAGCAAUUUUGUCCACAGUCCGGACUGCGUACUUUCUAUGUCCGUCGACGGUACAAAGCGCGUGCACCCAGCACUUGGUGUAAUCCGCUUGGACUACAACUAUCCAGCGGCUGUUGGAGAUAUCGCCCACUCUGGCUCGUUUACGGCCUUUAUCGCAGGGGUCAAGUACCUCGUGCAGGCGAAGAAGGUCUGCGCCAUCACGGGCGACUGUGGCUUCAUGAUGCACUUCCAAGAGUUUGCUUCCUUGCUCACCCGAGUCCCCGUGUUUCUCUCCUCGUUGUGCAUCUUGCCUGCGAUCAAGGCCGCUUACGGACCCAGCCAGCAAAUCGCAAUCUUCACGGCCAACAAGGCAACGCUGGAGCCAAUGCGCGAACUGAUCGAAAGAACGUGCGCUGUGCAAGUUGGAGAGGAGCGAUUCGUCAUUGUGGACUGCAAGGAUGUGCCGGGGUUUGAGGCCGUUGAGCGAGGCGAGGCGGUGGAUACACUGAAGGUUGAGCCAGGAAUGGUCGAACUGGCGAAGCGCGUGGUCUCGAAGCACCCUGUCGUCGCUAUUCUGAUGGAGUGUACCGAGCUGCCACCGUACUCGGAUGCCGUGCGCGCGGCCACUGGCUUGCCGGUGUGGGACGCGCUUAGCUGCUGCGACUUCUUUGUCGGCAGCAUGAAGGACAACGACCGUUGUGGCAUGGCCGAUUGGCAGGAGGAGUGGGACAGGGAACAAGACUGGUACAAGUUUGGGCACGAGCUCAACACAGAAGAGCGUGGCAGGCUGGAAUCGUAUUUUUCGCAAGAGAAGCUGCGACACGAGCUGCUCGCGGUAGCUCUUCUCGUGGAGCAGGCCGUCCCGCCGCUGCAGCUGCGCCACGAGCACGCCAUUACGGUGGUUGAUCAGCCGGCUGAGCACGCCGGCCAGCUCUCGCAGCUCAUCGAGGCUCAUCUUUGA